AUGGCUUGCUCAGUAGACGCCCCCUCCCUAAAGGACCUCCCAAAGGUCGCCAAUGACCUCAAAAGCCAACUCGAGGCUUUCAACCCGAGUUGCCUUCGUGACGUCGACACCAAUGAAAAAAUUGUUUUACCGUCAGCGGAAGAUGUUGCCACAGAGAAGACCCAAAAAUCACUGUUUGACGGUAUUGAAAAGUUUGACUCAACUAGGCUGAAGCACACUGAAACGAACGAGAAGAAUCCUCUUCCAGAUAAAGAUGUUGUGGCUGCUGAGAAGGCGCAUCAGAACCUGCUCGACGGCGUGGAACACUUCGACAAAUCCCAAAUGAAGCACACGACUACCGAAGAAAAGAAUCCUUUGCCGCCCAUUGAAGCUAUAGAGGCGGAGAAGGAGAAGAACAAGUUUUUGAAUGGGAUCGAGAACUUCGAUCCCACCAAACUGAAACACACCGAAACUUGCGAGAAGAACCCUCUGCCCACGAAGGACGUCAUCGAACAAGAGAAGACGGCUUAA